AUCACAUAUCGUCUACUCUCUAUAAUAUCAUUUCCGACUACAUCAGCUAUGGAGACACAAUGCCCUUCCAACCAGGUCGAUAACGGACUCGGUCACUGUAUUCCAUGUUUACACUGCAAGAAGUUGACAAGCCCGCCCGAUACGUGUUCACAAUGUAAAACCAUGGGGAUAGAGUGUAUUGCUGGUAAAGUUGAUAACGGUCUCGGUAUCUGCAUGCCGUGUUCACACUGCAAGAAGCUAGAAAAACCACCCAAAUCGUGUUUAAAAUGCAAAUUUCCAACAACAACACGUAAGGCGAUUAAAGCAAGAGUAACUUCCACAUCGCAUGGAACUACGCCAACAACGACUGGGUACAGGUCAACGGAACAAAAUACACAUUUGCAACCCAAACCAGAGUUACAGUGGCAACCCACAUUGCAGUCAAACGCCGUGCCAGCUUUGCAAGAGUCCUCGACAGUCGCAGGGAUGGUUGGUACGAGUUCAGUAGCGCCCUCAGUCGCACUGGUGGCCAAUCAGAUCAGUCCCGUGUUGAUAGCAGUUGUUGCAGUUUCUGCUGUAAUCGCUAUUGUGGCUAUGUAUAUCAUGUUAAGAUGUUUUUGUCAGAAAGCAAAUGCUGACGACACCGACAAAAAGGACUGUGUUCCAGUGGAUCUGGUAUCAAAAUUCGAUCUAACCAAGCGAAGGGCAAAGUCGGAGGUUGUCAGUCGUGAUGGAGAAGGUACUCUCAAACUACCAGAUAUCGUUAUUCAUAGUAACAAAUCGGACGCCGAAGAGUCCCACAAAUCACACAAUGGUGUGGAAUCUAAAGAAUCACAAGUUGUUGGCAUGGCAGCGCAGAUGGACGGGAGAUCUGAAGGGAUGAAGUGUACAUGUGCUGCACGUGAAUGUACGAGGUGCGAUCGUCUCGUGACCAGCCCCGUUCACCCUGGAGCUGGCGGCGCCCUGGUGCUACCACGUUCGAGCUAUCACGAACCUGACAACGCGAACUGAAGAAGACAAAUAAACUGAGAACGAAUGUUACGAACGUGUUCGCUGCACUGCCAGAAUGCACUGUACCUAUAUGGAUAGCAGGUGUCCGAGGGCACUGCUUCGCAGAAGCCGAACCUAUUGUCAAUAACUACAUUUUUGUUGAUGCCUCAGUAAUUGUGUAAAUAUUUUUUUUCAAACACAUAUUAUAUCCAGCCUGAGUAAGGAUGCGUUGAGCUGUUGUACCAUCAUUAUGUACUAGUGUGCAUUUACGUGGUUCUUGUCACGAUUCUCGCGAUAUUCUUUGUUGAUAACAUAUUUAUAACGACAAUAUAUGAUCCAUGCGAUAGUUUCCACACCUUGAUAUAAAGAUGAAUAAAUGUAUAUAAGUAAAUUAUAAUAAUACU